UGUUUCGCAUCGCAAAUAAUUUUUGCUUCGCAUACUGCACGAGCUGACCGUGAAAGCUCAUCGUCAAAGUUUCAAGCUUCAAGUCUGUUUUGCUCAAACGCUGAAAACUUGCUAUACAUUUUAAACAAGUUUAUUUAGUUGACUGUUAUACUGGUGUGAUAACUUUUUUGUUAAAGUGAGUUUUGAGGAACUUUUGUGCAUGCUUUAUUCAGUUCUAGUGGUUUUAGACUUGUGAAUUCAUUGGAUGGACAACUUGGGGCGCUAAUCCCAUUAGGACUACAUUGACUCAAAAUGGAAAAUCAACUGAAAACGCCGCAGUUCUAUGAAAACGGUGGAUUCAUGAUGCAAGAAAAUGGGUCGCUUAAUGGAAAUGGGACGUUUAAACAUCGGGUCAGUGUUGAAAAUUCCAUUGAUAAAAGACGAAGGAAAAGCAUAGUGCAAAUAACCAAGGAGGUACUGCCAAGGUUGGAAAAUUACCGGAAUUCCAAACGAGCGGUUAAGCGACCAUCGUUGGGGGAAUUACACGGUCCUGACGAUUACAAUAAGGACAAAUUUAGUGAUAAUGCUGAAGCCAAAGAUCAACUCAAUCCUACUCAUGAAGGGGUUAAAUUUGGAUGGAUCCAAGGGGUUCUCAUCCCGUGCAUGCUCAAUAUUUUCGGGGUCAUGCUCUUUCUCAGACUCUCCUGGGUGGUUGCAGAAGCAGGAACAGCUCUUUCGCUUGUUAUCAUCUUAGUAUCAGCUGUAGUAUGCGUCAUUACAACUCUGUCGCUCUCAGCGAUAUGUACAAAUGGUGAAGUAAAAGGAGGUGGAAUUUACUACAUAAUAUCCCGAUCGCUUGGUCCAGAAUUCGGGGCGUCGGUUGGAAUAGUGUUUGCGUUUGCAAAUGCCGUUUCAGCUUCAAUGAACACUAUUGGAUUCUGUAACUCUCUGAGCGAUCUACUUAAUUUAUACGGAUACAAAAUUUUUGAUGGAGGAAUUAACGAUGCCAGAGUCAUUGGAACUGUGGCUACAAUUGUUAUGAUAGCGAUAUGCGCAAUUGGAAUGGAAUGGGAAAGUAAAGCUCAAAACUUCCUAAUAGCGAUUAUCGUUGGAGCCAUGGUAGACUUUAUAAUCGGAACGAUUAUGGGGCCAGUUAAUGAUCUGCAAAGAGCUCAGGGAUUUACUGGAUUCAAUUCGACUGUAUGGGAAACGAACUGGUAUCCAGAAUAUCGGGUAUCUGAAGGACAGGAAUACAGCUUUUUUGCCGUUUUUGCUAUAUUUUUUCCAUCGGUGACUGGAAUUCAAGCUGGGGCAAAUAUUUCUGGAGAUUUAAAGGAUCCGGCUUCUUCAAUACCAAAAGGCACUUUAUUGUCACUUCUUAUCACAAUGCUUUCAUAUGCUUUGUUCAUGUUCUUUGCUGGAGGAGCGGCAAUGCGUGAUGCCACUGGUAAUGUGACCGAUUUGGUAAGCGGAAAUCUUACCAGUUGCACUAGUGAUUUGUCUUGCAAGUAUGGACUAUUUAACAGUUAUCAGAUGAUGACCUUAAUGUCUGCUUGGUGGCCUUUGAUUUACGCAGGGUGUUGGGCGGCGUGUUUGAGUACAGCUCUCACAAAUCUCUUAUCAGUUCCAAGAUUAAUUCAAGCGUUGGGAAUAGACCAGAUCUAUCCAGGCUUGAUAUAUUUUUCAAAAGGGUAUGGAAAAGCUGGUGAACCAUAUCGAGGCUAUAUUUUGACGUUUUUGGUAUCAGAAGCGUUUUUGUUAAUUGGAGAAUUAAACGCUAUCGCUCCGUUGAUUUCCAACUUUUACUUGGCUUCGUAUGCGUUGAUCAAUUUUUGCACUUUUCAUGCUGGCUUGAUUAAGCCUUUGGGAUGGAGGCCAACAUUUAAGUAUUAUAACACUUGGUUGAGUUUAUUUGGAUUCAUCGCCUGCGUUGUGAUAAUGUUCCUGAUCAAUUGGAAAACCUCCUUGAUCACUUUUAUCGUUAUUCUCGGACUGUAUUUGGUUGUGGUCUACAGGAAACCCGAUGUUAACUGGGGUUCAUCGACACAGGCUCAAACAUAUAAAACAGCCCUUGCCACGGCCCAAAAAUUAAUAAAUGUGGGCGAGCACGUGAAAAACUAUAAACCACAAGUUCUGGUACUUUGUGGUUUACCUAAACAUCGACCCUCGCUUUUGGAUUUUGCAAACUUAAUCACUAAGAAUCAUUCUUUGUUGAUCAUUGGAGAUAUUGUAGAGGGCAAGUUGGACCACAAAUCCAAAUCCCAGCGAUCAUCAGACGUCUACACUUUCUUAAAAAGCAACAAGAUCAAAGGUUUUUACACUGCCAUUGAUGAUACGAGUUUUGAAACCGGAGCUACAGCAUUAUUGCAAACGGCUGGAAUUGGAAAACUCACUCCCAACGUCCUUUUGAUGGGCUACAAAUCAAACUGGGCUAAAUGCCCACAUGAAGAGCUUCUCGCUUAUUUCAACGUACUCCACGCGGCUUUUGAUCAUCAUUUAUCCCUGGCCAUUCUAAGAGUAAAGGGCAGUUUUGACUAUAGCAUUCUCACAGAAAGUUCCGAAGGAAGCUCUUCUGAUAGUUCAGCAUAUAGUACAAAAGUUACAGUUAGUGGUUUAAGAACGUCUCUAUCUAGUGCGCUAAUGAUGCAUUCGGACUCAAAUUUGAGUUUAACUGGCGUAGGUGUUGCAGCUACCAAUGAGAGUGCGGAACCAGCUUCCAAGAAAUCUGAUUCUUUGCAGAUCCAGACACCCAAAGAAAGUACUGAUUGUACAUUGGACAAGAAAGUAAGAAAGAAUAAAUCAGAUCUUGCUAAACAAAACAUUCUGGAAACCUUAUCCAACGAAGAACUAUUUCGGGUCGAGAAUAUGAAUAUCUUCAAACGCAAGCAAGGAAAAGGAUUUAUUGAUGUUUGGUGGCUGUAUGAUGAUGGAGGAUUGACCAUGCUUCUCCCAUAUAUCGUAUCUACCAGACAGGAUUGGUCAAACUGUAAAUUACGGGUGUUUGGUUUGACGAGCAAUAAAAACGAUAUUGCAUUGGAAGAACGAAAUAUGGCCCAUCUACUGUCUAAAUUUCGACUCAACUACACCGUUCUCAAAAUGGUUUCAAUCAGUGAAACGCCUCGAAAUGAAACUAUUGAAUUUUUCAACAGUAUUACUGAUGCCUUCAAGAGUGAAACUAACGAAGCAGAUGAUUGUCAAAUUACGGAUGCAGAACUGAAAGCAUAUCAAGACAAAACUUAUCGACAACUUCGGCUUAGGGAACUGCUGAUGGAAAACUCAGCUGAUGCUAACUUAAUUGUUAUGUCCCUUCCAAUGCCAAGAAAAGGAAAUAUUUCCGCUCCUUUAUACAUGUCUUGGCUAGAAGUACUCACCAAAGACAUGCCCCCUUUUCUUCUAGCCAGAGGAAAUCAACAGUCUGUCCUUACUUUUUAUUCGUAGUUUAUAUUUAAAUUCUCCCAAAACGUAUAGCGUAAGUCUCACUUUUUUGUAGGAGUAAUAAAACUCGCAAUUUUGUAAAUAUUACAUUUUUUGAAUAAGCAACCUCUACGAGAUGACGGUUAUAAUUUUGCAGAUGCAAAUGUUUAGUGUAAACAUUUUUAUAUUGUAUUUUUUUAUAUAUAAGCAUCUACUAGGAUAUAGAGAACAGACGUGCCCAUAACUUUGGAACAAAUAACUUAUUUAAGUAAAGUAAGUAGGUACGCUCUUAAUUAAACGCUCGACUGUAAUACUCAUAUUAAAGGCUAAACUUUUCGUUUAUAAAGGUUUUUCAGAUUUAAAACCGAUUAGUUUUUUUUUUAAAUUAAUACUCCGGCUAGUAUUUGGAACUACUUUUCAGUACUUAGAUUUAUAUUCUACAAAAUUACUUAGACAUUAUCGAUUGACAGCUUAUAAAAUACGCACUCUACCUGCAGGUCAGUAGUAAUUUAACUUAAUUAUAUGUGAAGUAUUAUUAUUUUCUACACUAUACAUAACGAGUAAAAGUAUUAGACAAUGUUACCUAAUAGGAUCAGUAUCUAUGCCAAUUGUAUUAAUGUUAAGUAUUUAUUUAUACACAGCAUUGUAUUAUAUCUUAAGACGAUAUUCUCAUAAUAUAAACUAUUUUCCUGGG